CUGAGAAGGCCCUGGGAGAAGCCUUGGCUGAAGCAAUUCAGCUCGGUCUCGUUAGUUCCCGGGAAGAAUUCUUUGUCACUUCCAAGCUCUGGGUGACCGACGUUCAUCCCGAUCUUGUUCUCCCUGCGCUGCAGAAAUCCCUGAGGGAUAUUAGGCUUGUCCUUGUCCUGUUUGUCCCUAGGACUCUUCAGUUGGAAUACCUGGAUCUAUAUCUCAUCCACUGGCCUAUCAGUGCAAAGCCAGGAAAAUUACGGGGGUCAAUCCCCCAAGAGGAGCUUCAACUAAUGGAUUACAAGUCAGUGUGGGGUGCCAUGGAAGAGUGUCAAAGGCUUGGCCUCACCAAGUCUAUUGGUGUCUCCAACCUCUCUUGCAAGAAGCUUGAAAACAUAUUCUCUUUUGCCACCAUCCCCACAUCCGUGGAGAUGAACCCUCUCUGGCAACAAAAGAAGCUAAGGGAAUUCUACAAGGCCACAAAUGUAAUUGUGACAGCCUUUUCGCCUUUGGGAGCAAUUGGCACUUGGUGGGGCUCCAAUCAUGUUUUGGCUAACGAAACACUAAAAGAGAUUGCUAAAGCUCAUGGAAAGAUUGUUGCUCAGAACUUCAACAAGGAGAGGAUGAAGCAGAAUUUACAGAUAUUUGAUUGGGAAUUAACUAAGGAGGAACACGAGAAGAUUAACCAGAUUAUGCAACGGAGGUUCCUACUAAAUGAGGGAUUCAUCUCACCUAAUGGACCUUUCAAAACCCUAGAUGAACUCUGGGAUGGUGAGCUUUAGACCUUAAAUUGGUCUCAUAUUUUAGACAAAUGCGAGUAUAUGCGUGCUAACAUUACGGGAAGAUCCUCAGUGAAUUUGUUAGCACACUUGGUCUUAUUAGUUUGUAUGUUAGCUUUGAUUUGGCAAUCCCAUAUUACAUUAAGGGAUUGUUUUGGGGGAAUAUUUUCUAUAUGAAUAAAUAAUCUGUUUCAUGUUUUAAAUAAAACUUGAAUAUUUAU